AGAAUCUGCCAUUUUAAAAAAAAGAAACAGUCGGCCACGCUUGCUACAGAAAUCAUUUCACUUUUCGGGGGCUCAUUUUCCCCCUUUACGUUUAGCUCCAAUAUUACUGUAGUUACCAGAGUAAAUCUUUAAAUCCAAAAUCUAAUUUUGAAAUGGCAGACUUAGAUGAUUUCUUUGCCAAGAAGGAUCGCAAAAAGUCGAAGGCUAUAAAGAAGUUCGCGACGGCUGAUGAGUUAGCCAAAAAAUUGGACGACCCCAAACAAAAAUCAGAUGUAAGGCCAAAGAAAGAGCGGCCGGUCCAAGAAGGAGAAGAAGGAGGCAGAGCUGGGGAGGAAGAGGAAUGGAAGGAGUACGAGGAGCCGGUGAAGGAUUACACCGGGCUGAAGAUCCAGGUGCUGCAGGGCGGCAACGGACAGCCGGAGUCCGGCCGCGACUCCGCCUCGGAGGACGCGGCGCCUGAGGGAGGCAAAGUCAAGGGACCGUGGAACAAGCCUCAACAGCCGGAAGCAGAGACCCCUGCGCCGGCGCCGGUGGAGGAGCCGAAGCCGCGCGAGACCAAGCCCGCGGCCUACGUGCCGCCCUCCUCACGCCAGCGACCCAUCGAGAACGUGCGCAGGAGUACGAAGCACGCGCCAGACAUCCACAACGACGACUACUUCCCGGUGCUGGGCGCGAGCACGAAGCGCGGCGGCGGCGGCUGGAGCACGGCGGGCGGCGGCGCCGCGCGGGACCGCGACAUCGCCGCGCCGAGACACCAGCUCGCGCUCGGGAACCGAUUCACCUCGCUGCAGGAUGAUAGCUAGCCAGGUAACACAAACCCCACAACGUGAUACGCUGCAGUAAAGUGAAGUGUCAUUAUGGACUUGUAAGCGAAGCCUGGCGCAUAGCAUAUACAAUAUUUACCACAACACACACUCAUACAGAAUGAACAAUAUGCAUUUCUAUGUAGCCCCAUGCAGGACCCACCUCCAUGGCGGCUAGACAGUUGCUAACUAUGAGACUGUUCUAAAUCUAAAUCUCUUUUUACUUCUCUACAGUGCUGUUAUUUGUUAAGCCAGUAACAAAUCGAUUAACAAUCGAUACAACAUUUCGACGUCCCAUUCGUAUGAAUUGUAGACAAUAAAUAAUCGCCUAAAGUGCUUUCGGUACAUUACUAUGUAAGAAACACGUUUAAACACUUACACACACAACACGGCAACUGUCUUAAAAAAAGUGUAAAACAAGAAAUGAAUGUGCGAUUUGUUAUUUUUUAUGUUUAUAUUGAUAAAUAAAUAAUAAAAAAAUGUGUCUCGUAUGCGUGUAAAUGGACAUUUAGGGAAAAAAAAUAUUGGUGGAAUUAUUUAUAUGCAAUCCUGAUUAUAUAAAAGUGUUGAUAAUCAAUAAACCAAGCGUGGAAUAUAGAUUUUUAUAUUUAAACGAAAUUGUUAUAAAAAUGAAAAACAUUUUGGUAUUAACGUAAAGCGCUCCGGUGACCACAUUGUACAUUUGUUUUGAUAUUUCAAUUAUAAAUUCUGUUACAGCAAAUCAUUGGAAAUAUCUUGUACCAUAGAAAUAAAUUAUGUAUUUAAAACUAA